GAACUAGUAGGCAUUGCUAUAAAUACAAGAAUGGCUAAACCCCCAGCCUAGCUCAAAGACCUAGUUAAAGGACAGGAAACUAGGUUCCCUGAGGCAAGAUGACAACUUGGAUUGGUUUUUGCUUCCUAUUCCUGAUUGCUCUGUCUGCAGAGAGGGGACUAUCCACACAGGAGGAGACAGAAACCAGCUGCUGUGCACAGCUGAAGAACUUAGCACAAUGUGGGAGUGACAGGAUUGUUCUCCAGGGCCAGGCAGGGAUACCUGGAAUUCCAGGGGUACCAGGAACAAAUGGUCUUUCCGGGGCCAAGGGUGAGCCAGGACCUCAGGGCCCCCCAGGUGAAAAGGGCUCUGCUGGGAUACCUGGAAAAGCUGGACCAAAGGGAGACAAAGGAGACAAAGGGGAACCCUGCCGCUUAGAAGGCUGUCAACGGGAAGAGGGAAGAGCCAGAAACUGCAAGGAGCUCCAUGAACAAGGAGAGACCCUCACUGGCUGGUACACCAUCUAUCCAAUCACAGGGAAAGAGAUGGUGGUUUUCUGUGACAUGGAAGUAGAUGGAGGGGGCUGGUUGGUCUUCCAGAGGCGGCAGGAUGGCUCUGUCAAUUUCUACCGUAACUGGGAAUCAUACAAGAAAGGAUUUGGGAGGCAAGGAUCAGAAUUCUGGUUGGGCAAUGAUAAGAUCCAUCUUCUCACCAGCUCUGGAACACAGCAAUUGCGAAUUGAUAUGGAAGAUUUCAACGGUUCCACGACCUUUGCAACAUAUUCCAGUUUCAGAAUUGCAAAUGAAAGUGAAAACUAUAAGCUACAAUUGGGCUCCUAUUUGGAUGGCAACAUGGGGGAUUCUUUCUCAGGACAUAAAGGCCUGGCAUUCUCUACAAAAGACAAAGACAAUGAUACUCAUGAACCCGGAAGUUGUGCUGUGAGUUACAAGGGAGGUUGGUGGUAUGGUGUCUGCCACUCUUCCAACCUGAAUGGACUGUAUCACAAAGGGGAACAUAAGUCUUUUGCUGAUGGCAUCAACUGGUAUGCUGGGAAGGGGUACCAUUAUUCUUACAAAUAUGUCGAUAUGAAAAUUAGGCUCCUCUGGUCCCUCGGCGUGCUGUACGAACUUCUUGGCUGCCGCUGGAGAGGUUUCUGUAUCCUCUCGGAUAUGCGACAGCCGAGAACGGGAGCGGCGGUCCGGAAGAGGGCGGCCAUCUUUGGGAGUGUGAGGACGCGAGAGAGGCGAGGAGGCCUGCUGUUUGCUGCGGGCUCCAGCCUCGACUUCGGCCCUGCCCCAGCGGCGAUCCCGGCCAGGCUCCAGCGGCGUGAGAUCAUCGGCGGUCCUGGCCUGGCUCCAGCGGCUUCGCGGCGUGGAUUCGGCCUGGUUCCAGCUGGCGUGGAUUCCGGCCCGCUUUUUCGCCUGUUGGUAGGCCCGCCAGUUCCAUCGGCGCUUGGCUGCGCCCGGCGAGGCCUUGUGGGCUGCGAGGCGCCUGUCCAGCGGCGUCCUGUAUUUGGCAGCCCCAUCGGUGAUGGCCGUGGUGAGGCCGCGGUGGGAGAGGAGGCCGGAGCUGAGGCUGAGAUGACAACUUGGAUUGGUUUUUGCUUCCUAUUCCUGAUUGCUCUGUCUGCAGAGAGGGGACUAUCCACACAGGAGGAGACAGAAACCAGCUGCUGUGCACAGCUGAAGAACUUAGCACAAUGUGGGAGUGACAGGAUUGUUCUCCAGGGCCAGGCAGGGAUACCUGGAAUUCCAGGGGUACCAGGAACAAAUGGACUUUCCGGGGCCAAGGGUGAGCCAGGACCUCAGGGCCCCCCAGGUGAAAAGGGCUCUGCUGGGAUACCUGGAAAAGCUGGACCAAAGGGAGACAAAGGAGACAAAGGGGAACCCUGCCGCUUAGAAGGCUGUCAAUGGGAAGAGGGAAGAGCCAGAAACUGCAAGGAGCUCCAUGAACAAGGAGAGACCCUAACUGGCUGGUAUACCAUCUAUCCAAUCACAGGGAAAGUGAUGGUGGUUUUCUGUGACAUGGAAGUAGAUGGAGGGGGCUGGUUGGUCUUCCAGAGGCGGCAGGAUGGCUCUGUCAAUUUCUACCGUAACUGGGAAUCAUACAAGAAAGGAUUUGGGAGGCAAGGAUCAGAAUUCUGGUUGGGCAAUGAUAAGAUCCAUCUUCUCACCAGCUCUGGAAUACAGCAAUUGCGAAUUGAUGUGGAAGAUUUCAAUGGUUCCACGACCUUUGCAACAUAUUCCAGUUUCAGAAUUGCAAAUGAAAGUGAAAACUAUAAGCUACAAUUGGGCUCCUAUUUGGAUGGCAACAUGGGGGAUUCUUUCUCAGGACAUAAAGGCCUGGCAUUCUCUACAAAAGACAAAGACAAUGAUACCUAUGAACCUGCAAGUUGUGCUGUGAGUUACAAGGGAGGUUGGUGGUAUGGUGCCUGCCACUCUUCCAACCUGAAUGGACUGUAUCACAAAGGGGAACAUAGUUCUUAUGCUGAUGGCAUCAACUGGUCUGCUGGGAAGGGGCACCAUUAUUCUUACAAAUAUGUGGACAUGAAAAUUAGACCUCAAUAGGUGAAAUAUCAGUAUAUUCAGAAUUGUUCAACACUUACUAGUGGCUAUCCAAACAACUGCAUAUAUAAUUAAAAAAUACAAAUAAAUGGAGGGGGUGCCUUCAUUUGGGAAUUAAAGGUAUCGGAAAUGAAAAAGCUAGUUUCAGGAUGGAGGAUACCCAGCUGUCUCUUGCAUGAGAAUUUAGCAUCUUCAAUUUGGAAUGUUAUCCACUGUUAACUUAUGAAGUCCAACUAGCCUAAUAAAUUUGAUUGAACGUCUUGAAUGGUUGUGGCAUGAGGCUACCUCAUAUCACCAUAAAAUUGAGAGCCAAAGAAUACACUGGCAUUAUUGAAUUACUAGAGCUGAUGAACUGAAUGAACUUAAUUGAAUAUUGUAUUUUAAAAUCUUUCAAUAUCUAUGUUUUAUUUAUGCUGUACACCGCCCUGAGUCCUAGGAGAAGGGCGGUAUAAAAAUUUAAAUAAUAAAUAAAUAAUAAAUAAAUAAACUGAACGUGUGAGGCUUUGCAACCUGAGGAUGUCACUUUGAACUAAUUGGAAGGAAGGGAAAAUGUUGCAUGAAAGGAACUGAACCUUGACAGAGUUUCUCCAAACAUAAAUAUCACUGAGAGAGAUGCAUUUUAAGAGAUGCAGUUAAACCAACAAUCUGUGCACAGAUUCUUCUUUCCUUUCAGAAGUUUUUAUUUUUCUGUAUUACAACUUGGAAAGAGGAAUACUAAAGGAAAUAUCCAUAAUUCUUGAAUAUAUGUAAGAUGCAUGGAUAUUACUCUACUAAAAAGUAUCAACCUGAUUCUCACAGUCUGAAAACAGUGAAGAGAUUCCCCCCACCUUUACUGCUCUGUCCCCAGAUAUUUUUAUGAAAUCCUCAAAAGCACACAUGGGAACCAUGACAGGAUCCUGGUGCAAUUAUUAGUACCAUCACCUCAGGGUUGCUUUGUAUGAUGCAGGGAGGAGAGGGAGAUUUAGAGUUCUAGCCACUGUGACCAAUUCAAAGCAAUUUUGACACGAGUUCAGAUUCCGUGCCAUUGGCACUAUAUUUUAUUAAGGCACAUCUCCACAUUGAUAUCGCAGUGAUGGGGAAGAGGAACAAUUCAUUUGCGAACCUAGAGUGUACAGUGUAUUAUACAUCAUUUGAAAAUAAAUGGCUACUGAGAAAUUC